AUGGAAGACGACCUCGCUGCGGCCAUGGCCAUGUCCCUGGAGCCGGCAGCCGGACAUCCCGACCCUGGACCUGCGGCGGCAGCUGUUGCGACUCUGCAAGCGAAUGCUGCGGUGCUCGCCGAAGCAGGCUCUGUCAGCAUACUUUCCACCUUGCUGAACAACUUGGUGAAGAACCCGGCUGAGGAGAAGUUCCGGCGCGUGAAGCUGGCAAACGCAAAGAUCAGCAAAGCCCUGAGCUGCCCUGGCGCUGAAGACCUCCUACUCGCAGCUGGCUUCACGAAGACGGGGGAGACGUUGGAGGUUCCUGCGGACAGGCCGGCCGAGCAGGUGAAGGCGCAGGCAGAGCAGGCUAUGGAGGCCUUGUCUGCGCUUUGCGGCGACUUCGUCCUGGCAGCACAGUUUCGAGCAGAAGGUGAAGUGCGAUGCGUGGCCGCCCUGCGGGAAGGUGGAGUAGCCUUUGCCGGAAUGGACAAUCUCGUCCAUCUCUGUCAUCCACCGGCGCCUGAGACUCGAGUCCUUUCAGGGCACCAGCGCAGAGCCGGAGUGGAUGGGGUGCUUGCACUCUGUGAUGGAGACGACUCGGUGGACGUGGUCUCUGCAGGGCGAGAUGGCACAAUCAUCUUCUGGAGAGAAGGGGAAGCAGUUGAAUCAAUCAAAGGCCAUGGUGAGAACAUCCAGGGGACCAACGUCCACGUGGUGUCUGCACUGGGCCGGACUUCCGACGGCCGUCUGAUCUCUGGUGGCUGGGAUAAGACCGUGCGAGUUUGGAAGGGAGACCAGCCACCAGUCAUUAUGGCUGGUCAUGACAUUGCCAUCAAUGCUGUUGCAGGCUUGGACAGCGGGGACAUCGUGAGUGGAAGCGGCGACCAGACCAUUGGCGUCUGGCGAGAUGGACAGAAGCUGCGAAGCUUGCCAGCGAAGCAGGUGGUGCGGGCCCUUUGUGCAUGCGGCGGCACACUGGUGGCUGCUGGUGGAAAUGAUGGCGUGGUUCGCCUGUGGGACACAGCAGCAGGCCAGGCAGUGGCGGAGCGACAAGUGGCCCCGUCCUAUGUUCUUGCACUGGCACGGCGACAAACAGGAGAAAUUGCUGCCGGGACCUCCGACGGCCAAGUGUUCAUCCUGGUGCACGAAGGCUCAUCCCUGCGACAGAGCGCGGACUUCCAAGUCUGUGGCGAGGUCUAUGGCCUGAGCUUCCUCCCCAACGGUGACUUGGCGGUGGCCUGCGGCGACUGCAGCUGCACCGUUUGGACUCGGAGCCUGGCCCGCGCUGCUCCGCAGGCCAUACGGGAGGAGUUCGGGGCGCGCGCCGCGGCCCUUGCUGCGACGAGAGCGCCGGCUGUAGGCGGCGGCGUGGGCGCUUCGGGCGGUGGGGGCGGUGCGAGCUACGACUUCACGUUUCCGGUUGAGUUCGGCUCACAGAAGUUCUCUUUGUCCUGGAAUCGGGGUGAAGACCCCAAGGCGGUCGCAGAGCGAUUCAUCAGGGAAAGCCAGCUGGAUUCACGCCACACAGGUGACGUCGUGGCAUUUGUCAUGCAGGCCAUGCAGCAGCAAGGUGCCCAGCACGGCCAGGGCAUGCAGGGCAUCCAGGGCGGGGCGAAGGACUUCAACUUCCCUGUUGAGGUCGCCGAUGGGCGGCGCCUGACCAUCUCUUGGAACCGGGGCGACGAUCCUCAGCAAGUGGCCUUGGACUUCGCAAGGCAGCACGGCGGCAUCGGCGCAGCCGAGCUGCCGGACAUCGCCAACUUCAUCCAGCAGGCAUCUGGACAACCUGGACCUGUGCCGACCUUCCAGCAAGCCGCACCAGCUCCAACCCCGGUGAUGCAGCAGCAGCUUGUGCAGCAGAUCACGGCUAUGGGCUUCCCGGAUGCCAUGGCGCGAAGUGCCCUGGAGGCUGCAAACUGGGAUAUUGAGUCUGCGAUUUCCCGCCUGUUGGGGUGA